UUUCGAGAAAAUGGCGGCGUCUUCUGCCAAAUUUUUUGUACACCAAAAUCAAAAUAAAGCAAAUUCUUCCAGAAUAGAAUCAGUAAUAACAGGAGAUUAUCAGAAAAAUACCGUGUCUGGAGUUUUACCAACCCCAGGAAUCGGGAAUGUGAACUCCAAAGAUGACUUUGCCUUAACAAAUAACGAAUAUACAACAAAAGAGAAUGAAUAUGGUGAUAAAAUUCAUUAUAAAAGCGGCUGUGAUAGAAGGUCAGCAACAACAGUGUCAGCAUUUGGCGGAGAAGGCAAUGAAGCCUUUGUUGACAUUGAGGAGGUGAUUUCCACAAAAACAGUCAUUGUUAACACCAAAUCUGGUAGUGGAAGCACAGGAGACAUAAAUCACAACAAAAGUUCUGAUCGGUUUUCACAAUUCGAAAGUGAUAAUGUUACAACUUUACCUGAAGAAAUAAACAAUAAUUUCAGAGGGAGCGCACCCACACACACUCUCUAUAUUACACCAAAGACGUUUGCAAGUGAAGGCAAUGCGGGGAUAAAUGCUAAAUUUGCAUAUCAAUUACAAACACAAAAUAUUCAACAUAACAAUACGCAGGCUUUACAAAAAGAAGCGUCCAGUCUGCAUUCGGUUGCAAAACCGCUUAAUCAGCAUAAUCAUCAGUGGGCCGAUAAGCCACCGACGAACGUAUCAACAAAAAUACUCAACAUACGCGCACCAGCAUCGUCAUUGGCGUCAACGUCGUUGUCGUCAGCGACAUCGUCGUAUACAAAUUUCGCCAUGAAUUCCAGCCAAUCUACACAAGCGCCGGGCAAUCGUAUAACAUUUACAAGUCAAACGCUUCCUAACGGCACAAUAAAUAUAGGAGGAGCGGCGGGACAUCCGCCAGGCUCAACAAUCAUAUCCACUUCCCAACUACCGAAUACCACCACUAUAAAGACAAUAACGUCAAGUGGAGCUGGCGGACAACAUCAUACACUGCCGCAACAAGUACAGGUACAGCAUCAUCAGGUACUACAAAGUGGCGGGCAACCAGGGGUGACGGUACAACCGUCACAGCAACACCACAAUGCGGCAACGCAAUCAGUAGGUGCCACACAGACGCAAACCUUAGUUAUAAAAUCAAACAAUGCGGUAUCAUUGCCAGCGGGUCUGGUAUCAAGUUCACCCGGAAUAGUAACAAUGACCAAAACAAUUAAUCAGGGUAAUCAGCAACCAUUGCUCAAUUCCAUGAUUCCGGCGAAUGUAGUGGUGGGCAUGCGUCCGCCAAAUGCGCAGCAACAACAAAAGAAUGUGCCAGGCAACACUCUAGGACGGGUAGUCAUUGGCGGACCACAUAUGGUUGGCGCCAGACCACAAAAUCCGGCGAUAACACUCAGUACACUAGCACCUGGACAAACGCCUGCACUCAUUUUAAAAACCGAAAAUGGAUAUCAAUUAUUGCGUGUUGGCACAGCCACCUCGGGUCCGGUCACACCAACCAUUGGCGGCAGUGGCGGCACCAAUUCCAAUCCGGCACAAAUACGUUUGCAAACUGUACCAGCUGCUGUAAGUAGAUUUGCAGGGCCUCCCAUAGCACUACGUAAAACGAUUGUAAGAUCAUCCACCUCCACAACUACCACUACUACCACCCACCACCACCAACAACAUCAUCAACAACAGCAGCAAGCAAAACAGCACCAACAACAGGCAACAGCGACGAAACAGAUCAAACAAAAUUCCAUGGCAGUGUCCUCGUCUGCGUCUAAUAAUAUUGUUGUGAACUCAGUUGCUUCGAGUACUGCUGGCCCGCAUCACACGUACACGUCGCAGGCGAAUAUCACGUUGCAACAGCCACACCAUCAGACUGCACUGCAACACCAACAACAACAGCAAACACAUCUUCAGUCGCAACAUCAACAGUUACAUCAGCAGACGCAACAUCUACUACCACAACCGCAGAUAACGCAAAUUCAAACAAUUCCAGCACAGCAUUCGGCCAGUGCGACCGCCUCCACGGGCAGCGCCGCGAACACAACGACCAUGAGUAAUAACCACAGCGCCGUGUCGACGGCCAGUGCCGGCACAACGACGGGGACAGCUAAUGUGACGACCACACAGAGUGCAGCGCAAGGCAAUACCAAAGAGAAAUGUCGUAAAUUCCUAGCGAACCUGAUCGACUUGGCGACGCGUGAGCCGAAACCGGUGGAGAAGAAUGUACGCAAUCUCAUACAGGAAUUGGUGAAUGCGAAUGUGGAACCGGAGGAGUUUUGCGAUCGACUGGAGCGUCUAUUGAACGCCAGUCCGCAGCCUUGUCUAAUUGGCUUUUUGAAGAAAAGUUUACCACUCCUGCGUCAAGCGCUGUUUACACGGGAACUUGUCAUCGAAGGCAUUAAACCGCCGCCGCAACAUGUUGCCGGGUUGACAACGUUGCAACAAUUUCCAAAAAUUCAAGCGCAAAUACGUCCGAUAACUCAGAGUCAAACCACGACUAUUGGACAAACGCAAGUCAGAAUGAUUUCUCCUGCCGGCCCGGGUGGACCACGUCCCAUUGGGCAUACUACAAUCACCAAACAGCAGGGCGGUAUCCGCAUACAGGGACCCACCAACGGACCACGCCUUGUCAACGCCCAAAUACGCGGCCCCAUUCCAGCAUCCAUACAGCAGGCGAACGCUCAACUGCCCUCGGCGCCGACGCAAGCGAGUAUUGUACAUAUACGUGCACCAACGGUAACGCAAAUCAGCCGCCCGACCACAGUACAAAUACGUACUGCCAAGGGCAAAAAUGCGCCACCGGGUAUAACGCAUGUCAAAGUUGGACAAACACAAAUAAAGGCGAUCGCCUCGCCUGUACCGUCGCUCGUCGCAACGAAUCAACCGCCCUCCCUAACAGCUAUAUCCAAUAGUUUACCACCCUCGUCGACACCAUCCCUCUCCGCUGUAUCCACAAUACUAUCCACCAUCAAUUCCGUGGCGACCUAUUCGAAUGCAAGCAGUGGGACAUCGUUGCCAACACCAUCAUUGCCCACCGUGCAACUGCCACCCAGCCUAAUGCACCACAGCAGCAGUCACCUGAGCAGUCAUGCCGCCAUUGCCGGUAUUGGUGAGAGCAUAAGAAUUUUGGAUCCAAAACUAGAGAACGUUAUCAAACAAGAGAAGAUUAUACCUGUCACACCGCCGGCGAAUAAGACAACAGCUAAAUCGGGUGCUGCGUCCGCUAGUAAAGCGUCAAGUAAAAAGAAGAAAGAACAACUGGAUAAAGAGAAAGAGGAGAAAGCAAAUGCCUCGGGUGCAGCCGUCACAGCAGCAAUGUCUUCAUUCUACCAACAACCCUCUAUAUCGAUGUCAUCUUCGGUGUAUGGCGACGACGAUAUCAAUGAUGUAGCCGCCAUGGGCGGUGUCAACUUGGCCGAGGAGUCGCAACGCAUACUCGGCAGCACUGAAAACAUCGGUACACAGAUACGCUCGUGCAAGGAUGAAGUAUUUCUGCAUUUGCCAGCGCUGCAGGCGCGCAUACGUGCGAUGGUGUUGGAGCGUGGUCUAGAAGAACCAUCGCAAGACGUGGCGGUCUUGAUAUCGCAUGCGUGUCAAGAGCGUCUGAAAAAUGUCGUCGAGAAAUUGGCUGUGAUAGCAGAGCAUCGCAUCGAUGUAAUUAAGCUGGACCCACGUUACGAAGUCACAAAAGAUGUGCGCGGUCAAAUCAAAUUCCUCGAGGAAUUGGACAAAGCUGAACAAAAGCGGCACGAGGAGUUGGAACGCGAAAUGUUGCUGCGUGCGGCCAAGUCGCGUUCCAAAAUCGAGGAUCCCGAGCAAGCGAAAAUGAAAGCGAGGGCGAAAGAAAUGCAGCGCGCUGAAAUGGAGGAGCUGCGGCAAAGGGACGCCAACAUGACGGCGUUGCAGGCUAUCGGUCCACGGAAAAAAAUCAAACUGGAUGGCGAUGCAACAGGCGCGGGCGCGAAUUCGAACGCCAGCGGUGCUUUAGGCGGUUCAAGCGUGCCAUCAGUGCCGCUACGGCCACGCAUCAAACGUGUAAAUCUACGCGAUAUGCUCUUCUUUAUGGAACAGGAACGCGAAACUAGCCGCAGUCAAAUGCUAUAUAAGGCAUAUCUCAAGUGAUCGACCUUGUGCAACGGCUAAGCAGGGGAAAACUACAUACUAAACACACAUAUAUAUAGCAUAUGAUCUUUCUGAGCAUGAUGAAAUGCAACGUUACAUCAACUACAGUCAUAUAUCUUCAUACAUUUAUUUUAUAAAUUUCUAUGUACAUUUAUUGUUGCGCUGUUGCACGCUGAUUUCAACUUUUUACAUUUAAUCACGUUUCGAAUUGCGAAAAGUAAACACACUGUAUGCAACUUACAAUUCUUCAAAUUUAUUGCUACUUGUAUGUAUACAUAAUAUAUAUUUAUAUAUUGUUUUUUUUUUUUUUUUAUAAUUUGCCGUUUCGCAGCACGUCAAAGUGCUUUAAUAGUUGCGUUAUAUACAUACAUACAUACAUACAGAAAGUUUACUAAAAGCAUUUGCAAUUUGGCGCGUUAUGACGAAGGAUCUGUAGUUAGUUUGCGGUGGAUUAUUGCAAUAUUUUUUAAGAGCAAUGCUAAUAUGUUAAAAAAAAAUAUUUUUUGAAAAAUUAUUUUUUUUCCAACAAUAAAUUUUUUAACAACAA